CGCUCAACUGAUUUUUUCAUUCGUCUUGCGGACAGUGUACUGCUAAUUCAAAGCCUAAGACCUCAUUUUAUUUUCUGAGAAAUCAAUCGAUCGUUUAAUUAUGGCUCUUCCAGGAACAAUUCGAUUCUCCCCAUCUAAAUUACCACUUCAAUUUCAACUACUUUCAUUUGUACCAUCUAAACCCACUUUAUACUCAAAAUCACUUACUUUUAAACAUUUAAGAGUUAAUGCUUCAACCUCAAUUGGUUCUUCCAAUGUCUCCAUUUCUGAUAAGCCCUCUACUUUGAGAAAGAAUGAUUGUUGGAAAUGGAAAUUCAGUGAUAAAUCCAUCAAUAUUUAUUUUGAGGAACACGAAAAGGAGGGUUCUCAGCCUACUAAGAAUUUGCUUAUGAUACCCACAAUUUCUGAUGUUAGCACAGUGGAAGAAUGGAAUUUGGUGGCUUCAGACAUUUUGCAACGGGAUGGUAAUGAAAAUUUGAGGGCUACGCUUGUUGACUGGCCCGGUCUGGGAAAGUCUGACCGGCCAAAGCUGGAUUAUAAUGCAGAUGUCAUGGAGAAGUUCCUGGUUGAUCUGAUUAAUUCUCCUGGCAGUCCUGCUUGUAAAUCAGGCAACAAUUUGGUGGUUAUUGGCGGUGGGCAUGCUGCCACUCUCGCAGUUCUAGCUGCAAAGAAGGGAUUAGUGAAGCCAGCAGCCAUUGUAGCUGUAGCUCCGACCUGGGCUGGUCCUCUUCCAAUUGUCUUUGGACGUGAUUCCAACAUGGAGAGCAGGUAUGGGCUUCUUAGGGGAACCUUAAGAUCCCCAGCUUUGGGUUGGAUGAUGUAUAAUGUUCUUGUCAGCAACGAAAAUGCGAUUCAAUCCCAGUACAAGUCUCAUGUUUAUGUAGAUCCUGCAAAUGUGACUCCAGAAAUUGUACAAAGCAGAUAUGCAUUGACAAAGAAGGACGGAGCUCGAUAUGUACCUGCGGCUUUCUUGACUGGUCUCUUAGAUCCUGUCAAAUCUCGAGAGGAGUUUCUUGAUAUGUUUGCAUCUUUGGCAGGGAACGUUCCAGUUCUAGUGAUCUCAGCUUCAGGUGCUCCGAAGAGGUCAAAGGCUGAGAUGGAAGCCCUCCGAGGAGCUAAAGGGGUUUCUAAGUUUGUUGAAGUACCCGGUGCUCUUCUACCUCAAGAAGAGUACCCCAAGGCUGUCGCUGAGGAAAUCCAAAGAUUCUUGCUAGAGAUGUAAAACUGGGGAUGAUCUUAAGCCAAGUUAUCUAAAAAGCAGGCAUGAAGUGUUUUUUUUAACCCACAUACCAAUAUAUGAAUAUAUGAUUACUGCAUGUAAAAACAAUAUAAGUGUAAUUGUGUAACAGAAAGUUGUUCAAAAGUGGAUUUUUUAUAUAUAUGAAGCCAUGAAGGUAUACUGCGUA